CCAACCGCUAUCACGAAGAAGACGUUCUUGUUGACGUGUUGGUACAAAGGUGUAGCUUUAGCAUGCAUUAAAAUGCACCCUUUUAUCAUUGAAUAUAUGAAAUGAACUCAUCCGAUUUAUUGCUUAGGUUCUUGACAAAACACUACUGAGGAUAAACUGGAGAAAGUGCAAAGGUGCGGUUGAAUCCAGAGGUCUAAAGAAGAACUAUGAGGAAGCGAAAGGUGGUGGAUCUGUAUAGAGCCCCAUUUCCACUGUACACCAUCAAAGUGGAUGCGGCUACAGGGCUUGUGAUAACAGCCGGAGGAGGGGGUGCCUCAAAGACAGGAAUACAAAAUGCUGUACAUUUCCUGGAUCUACAGUUGAUUGGAAAAAAUCAGUACAGCACCAGUCUUCUUCACUCUCAUGAUACAGAGAAACGUGCCACAAUGAACAUGGCUGUGGGUGAUGGUGUGAUUGCUGCUGGACAGGAUGGCACAUGUAGCCUCAUGAAAUUUAAACUCUGCCAGCAGAAAGAAGAAAAAGCUGCUCAUAAACAUGGUAAUACUAUUGAACUAAGUAAUGCCAGACGGAGACCUGGGAAAGCUGGCAAAGAUAACCUCGAUAAACAUGCUGCAACUGGAGAAAUAUUGGAUACCAGGGAUGAGACAGCUCAUAUAACAGUGACCAAUUUGGCUGAAGUGCUGUCAGACCUUAACCCGCGUGACCCCCUUCAGAAAGUUGUCAGAUUCAGUCCUGACAUGAACCUUCUGCUGACUGGAGGCACCGAUGGAUACAUCAGGAUUUGGGAGUUUCCAUCCCUUAAGAAAAAGUUUGACUUUAAAGCACAUGAAGAGGAGAUUGAAGACCUGGAUAUGAGUACAGAAAGCAAGCAACUUGUGACUGUGGGGCGGGACUUUACUUGCAAUGUAUGGAGUGGCAACCAGCUAGUUACAGGUCUAAAUUGGUAUGAAACCAGGCCUCAGAUUGCUGAAAAGUCGUAUCGAUAUAUGGCUUGCAGGUUUGGAUACAGUGCAGAUGAGAAAGAUGCACUAAGGCUGUACACAGUGCAAAUCCCUCAUAGACGAGACAAAAAACACCCUCCUUGCUAUAUCACCAAGUGGGACGGCAAGAUCUUGCUUCCCAUGUUAACAUCUCCCUGUGGCACUGAAGUUAUCUCCAGUCUGGCUGUCAGUGACUCUGGGAGGUUCCUUGGCCUUGGAACUGUGACUGGAUCAGUGGCAAUUUAUAUUGCUUUCUCUCUACAGAAUCUGUACUAUGUUCAUGAGUCGCAUGGCAUCGUUGUGACCGAUCUAGUCUUUCUGCCCAACUUCUUGAAAGGCCAAAAUAUCAAAGGGAAUAAUAAAACAGCAAUGCUGAGUGUAGCUGUGGAUAGUCGGUGUCAAGUACAUACAGUCACCAAAGGAAGACCCAUCCCUGUCUGGCUGUUCUUUUUUGGGCUCAUGUUCGUGGGAGUGCUCCUGAUUUUCCAGUACUUCUUUCCCGUAUUUUUCUAAAGGAUGCAUAUUAUCAGUGAUUAAUAAAAGCUAUGACAAGUCUUUUGUUAGCACCAGCAACCCUUGUUUUAGUACAAUAACAAAAUCCAAACGAACAAAACCAUAGUACAGGAUUUUGAUUGAAGUCUUCAUUAGUUCUUAAUAUGCUUUGGAUUUACGUAAGCUUUUCGUCCGGUUUCAUGACAUGAUUUUGAAUUUGUACAAAAUGUACAGUAAUUAUUUCCACAUCUUUGUAAAAACAACCAACCUUUUGUAUUUUCAUCAUGUUCCAUCAAUAUUUCAGCAGUUUUAUAGGAAAAUACCAAUCAUUGUAUAGGCCAAAAGAAAAAUUGGGGAAAGACUUUAAGGUUUAUUUGCCAUUUACAUGGUUUUGAAGAAUUGAAUGUGAACACAAAAUAGAAUAUUUGAGAUAACUUGAUCUGACCACAGAAUAAUUUUAGUAAAAACAAUUGUAUGAAAGUCUGGUAUGUUUUCAUAAUCUCCAUUUUAUAAAAAAAAAAAACAAUAAAUAAAAUGAAGACAAAAUCUAA